CAGAUCUUCAUUCUCCCGUUCAUAACUGAUUUCCAUAAAAAAAAGAAUUAAAAAGAAAGAAAUCCCGUGUAGUUUUGUGAGUGAGUGAGAUAAUGGCAGAAGAAGAAGAAGAAUCAGAGCUUAGCGAGAAGCAGAAAGUUGAAAUCGCGAAGUGGUUCCUUCUCAAUUCUCCUCCUGGUGAAAUUCAAUACGUUGCAAAAGAUGUGAAAUCCAUUCUCAACGAUGAUGGUUCGUUCAACGAAGCUGCUUCCGAAGCAUUUCCAAUUUACAACAAAUCACACUUCAUUGUUCUUUCAAUGCCUGACCGAAGCGGAGAUGUACUGGUUACUUCAUAUGGCGAGCUUGAGGACAAUGCAUACCUUGAUCCUAGAACUGCUCAAGUAGCAAUAGUUGACCAUGUUAAACAAGUCUGUACAGAGGUGAGACCUGCACUGGAUGAAGAACUUCCAUCUGCAUACAUUGAAGAAUUUCGAUUUAGCCUGGAUGCUGAAAUACUUAAAUAUGUUGAAGAAGUUUAUCCAAAAGGUGUCUGCUCUGUCUACUGUGUAAAUGGGAAGGAUACAGAGGGCCCAGGUUCUGAUUUUGAGCUUGCUGUUGUGAUUUCUGCUGCUAGGCAUAGCCCACAAAAUUUCUGCAAUGGGAGUUGGUGCUCAAUUUGGAAUAUUGAUUUCAAAGACGACCAACAAACAGUAGAAGUAAAAGGGAAAUUGCAGGUCGGUGCUCAUUAUUUUGAGGAAGGAAAUGUGCAGUUAGAUGCAAAACAUGAAUGCAAAGAUGCAACUCUUUUUCAGGCCCCUGAUGAUUGUGCGAUUGCCAUAUCAAGCAUUAUUCGUCACCAUGAAACAGAGUACCUUGCUUCUCUUGAGGCUUCAUAUCUAAACCUUCCCGAUUCUACUUUCAAGGAUCUUCGGAGAAAGCUUCCAGUCACCCGCACCUUAUUUCCAUGGCAUAACACUUUGCAAUUUAGCUUGUCAAGAGACAUCUCAAAAGAACUUGGCAUUGGAAAGUAAAUACACACAUACACAACAGAUAAAAGUUGUGUUUGGUCGAACAUGGAGACAAGUUCCCUAUAUAUUCAGUUAUUCACCAUCUGUAAUUGUUCAAGUCAAUGAUCAAUCAUUCUUAGGGUUACUUUAUUUCCCUUCAUUUGCUUUCUGUAGCGCACUCCUUUGUCUGUCCCUUCUGCCGGUGUACUGUACUGUAAUUCUUUUUUGACAUUAUUUGUAUAGCAGUAAAGAGAUACGUGUGUUUUAAGCCAUUGUCCUAAAAAGUUUGGGGACUACAGUUAAAAGUUAAAAAUGCAGCAAGAAAGAUGGUUUUUCAGAAGAAAAUCUAGAGGUGGUUUGACACUGCUGGUUUUGAGAGGGAGAGGCCGACAAUCACCAUGAUAUUGUGGAGAGCAAAUAUAUAUUCACCAAGCUAUUUGAACAAGUGUGGAAUGCUUGUCAAUUGUCGUUGAGGAUGAUGACAAUGAAGGCAACACCUCUAUUGUCGUUUAUUUGGUGUGGUCGAUGUGAUGCUUAUGGUUAUUGCUCUUGCAAUCCUUGAUAAGCUUUGUUUAUACAUAAAUACAAGCACAUAAAAACUUAGAA